CCUUUGAAGAACGCCAUCUGGAUUCAUGACGGCGCCGUCGCCUAUCGGAGACCCGGCCGUGAUCCGCGUCGGCGAGGAAUCAGAGGAGAGUAUUGCGCUUGAUUCGAAUGCGGAUCGUCCGACGACUCCGGCGGCGGCGAACGGAGACACGGGCAAUCGCCUUACGGCGCUUGGGUUGGCCCGUCGAAUGGAGGCGGAGUUGUCCUCCGACGAUGAAGCCCCCUCCGACGCGGCGCAGGAGGCGCCGUCGGCCUUGUUCCAGCUCGGCCAGCUCAUCGCCGCGGAGCAGGUGCCGCCCCGGGAGCUGCUGGGGCGGGCGUUGGAGGACAUGGGCUACCAUCAGCAGAUGGUAAGAAUUGCGAACGCGGGCCAGCAGCUGCCGGAGGAGGUCCAGGACGCCCUCAUCGCCCGGGCGCGCGAUACCUUCACGUCCCCGCCCCACGUGCGCUCUACCGCGCCGCCGGCCGUCCAGGACGCGUCCCGCGCGGCCCUCGAGGACACGCCCGUGUCGAAUCUUCCGCCGGACCGCGUGCCUCCGCACGUGUGGACCCGCGAGGAGGAGACGACUCUGUUGCGCCUCGUCUUCGAGCUCGGCGCCAACAAAUGGGAGGACGUCGCGUCUCGACUCGAAGAAGCGCCUGUCCCAUAUCAAAUCCGGACGGCGUCGGAGUGCGAGGAGCGCUGGAGCUUCAUCUCGGCGCAGGGCUGCCCCGAGACGGACCGCGAGACCCCGCGGCUCACGAUCGAGAAGUACGUCGCGGGGCAGCGGAAGUUCGCGCUCGCGGGCAAGAGCUUCGACGCCGACGCCGUCUUCGACGACCUCGUCAGCCACUUGGAGGACGACCUCGAGGACGACGAUUCCUGCAAAAAGAACGUGCGAGAUCUGCUCCUGCUCUCGGUGAAGCCGUCGAACGCGGCGCCGAUCCUGGCCGCCGGGGCCGUCUCGCCCCUCGUCGAACUGCUGACCGACGACGUCCUCGUGAUCAAGAUAACCGCAGCGGGCGUCGUCGGGAAUCUCGCGGCGCACAAGCCCGCCGCGCGCGUCGAAAUCGGGUCGGCGGCGAUCGUUCCGCUCGUCGCGCUCGUCCGCGAGACUCAGGCGUCCGACGCGAUGGGCCACGGGUCCCGCGCGCUCGCGAACCUGUCGCUGCACGGCGACAACAAGAUCAAGAUGGUCGAGGCGGGCUGCUUGGACGCGCUCGUCGGCGUGCUCCGGCGCGGCCGGCUGCCCGCCGUCCACGCGGCGUGCUGCCUCCGGAACCUGGCGUUGGUCGACCUCGCGACCAAGGACGCGAUCGCGUCCGCGGGGGCUCUGGAACCGCUCGUCGCUCUGGCCCUGGGGGGCGCCGACGACGAGGACGCGAAAAAAGCGAAGGAGCACGCCAAGUUCGCGCUCACGAGCCUCGCGUUCCACCCCGAGGUGAAACCGCAGAUCGCCGUCGAGAAGGCGAAGGUGUCGCUGAAGAUCGCGAUGGCCGAGGCGAGCAAGGCGCAGCGCGAGCUGUCGAUGUCCGCGGCCGCGGCGCGCGAGGGCCGCGAGUCGCGGAUGCUGCGCGAAUCGGAGACGUCGUCGCUCCAGGCGCGCGUCUACGAGCUCGAAGCCGCGAACGCGAGCCUCGAGCGGUGCCUGGGCUGGAUGGCCGGCGCGACGCCGGACGGCGGGGACGCCGCGGCGCACCGCGACAAGCGCGCGAAAAUGGAGGCCGCCGACGAGGCGACGACCUGCGUCGUCUGCCGCGACCGCCCGCGGUCGCUGGUCCUGCUGCCCUGCGCGCACGCGUGCCUCUGCAGCGCGUGCGCGACGUCGAUCCGGGCCACGUCGAAGUCGUGCCCCAUCUGCCGCGCGACCAUCGCCAAGACGACCGCGUUCCGCCUCGCCUAGGCAUCUGUUAGCCUUCCGGUAGC